GCGGGCGGCGCCGCGCGGCAGGGGCGGGGGACCCGGCGGGCACGGCAGCCCCGGGCGCCCGGCCGAGCUGAGCCGCCGGCCCCCGAGCGCGCGGCCGGCCGAGCGGGGCAGGCAGAUGCAGAUAAAGCAAUGUCUGCCAACCUCAAAUACCUUUCCUUGGGGAUCCUGGUCUUUCAGACCACCAGCCUGGUUCUCACGAUGCGCUACUCCCGGACUUUGAAGGAGGAGGGGCCUCGGUACCUGUCCUCCACGGCCGUGGUUGUGGCUGAGAUUCUGAAGAUAAUGGCCUGCAUCUUAUUGGUCUACAAAGACAGCCAGUGUAGCCUGAGGGCCCUGAACCGCAUCCUGCGUGAUGAGAUCCUGAACAAGCCUAUGGAAACGAUCAAGCUUGCUAUUCCAUCCGGGAUCUACACGCUGCAGAACAACCUGCUCUACGUGGCGCUGUCCAAUCUCGACGCAGCCACCUACCAGGUCACGUAUCAGUUGAAAAUUCUUACGACGGCGCUGUUCUCUGUGUCCAUGCUGAGCAAGAAGCUGGGUGUGUACCAGUGGCUCUCCCUGGUGAUCCUGAUGACCGGAGUGGCUUUUGUACAGUGGCCCUCGGACGCCCAGGAGCUGGACGCGAAGGCGCUGUCGGCCGGCUCGCAGUUCGUGGGCCUCAUGGCCGUGCUCACGGCCUGCUUCUCCAGUGGCUUCGCCGGGGUGUACUUUGAGAAAAUCCUGAAGGAAACCAAGCAGUCGGUGUGGAUCAGGAACAUCCAGCUGGGUUUCUUCGGGAGCAUAUUCGGACUGAUGGGCGUGUACGUCUACGACGGGGAGCUGGUGUCCCAGGACGGGUUUUUCCAGGGAUACAACCGGCUCACCUGGGCGGUGGUUGCCCUUCAGGCACUCGGAGGCCUUGUGAUAGCGGCUGUUAUAAAGUAUGCAGAUAAUAUUUUAAAAGGAUUUGCAACCUCUUUAUCCAUAAUAUUAUCGACACUGAUAUCCUACUUUUGGCUACAAGAUUUUGUGCCCACCAGUGUCUUCUUCCUUGGAGCCAUCCUCGUAAUAGCAGCUACUUUCCUGUACGGCUAUGACCCCAAGCCUGCGGGCAAUGCCACCCGGGCAUAGUGAGCGCUGCGCUCACGGGCUCGCAGCGGGCCGGUCGGCGGGAAACCGCAGGACUGCUCAGCCCCGGGAGGUGUCGGCCGCUCUCCGUACUGUCCAAGGGCUGGGAAACAUGAACGUGUCAGCUACGUGUAUGUCUGUGUAACAGAACGCCUAUCGCGCCUGGAGAGCCAAGCUUGAAAGUAUGGCCCGGGGCUAGAAUCGCCGCAGGGAGCCGGAGGUCUGAGGUUAGAGGCACCUGCCGUUUGGAUCGCUGCGAUGACCGGUGCUCUCUGCAAGAGCGCACGCAGCGAGCGUCAGCGGUCACUCUGCAGACAGCUACUUCAUUCCACUCAGGGUCUGUCUGCCCCUCCGUCCAGGUCCGCACGUCGGUGGGAGGGUCAGAGUUCGACAGUGAUAACUGUUGCCCGUAAAGCUGUGAGGAAGUAGAAGGAUGGCCUGGAAACACUUUCACGGACCCGGGAUUUCUAUAUUUAUACAAAAGAUUGGCACACAAGAGAUCGCUAAAUGUUGUUCACCUACACGAAAGCUGGCGAGGUGCCCUUCUGGGUCUGGCUUGUCAGAGUGAGAUGCAGAGUCCACACCCACAUUCCACGGAGAGAAACACACACAUUUCUCCAUCCACCCGUCAGGUCUUCCCGCGCCUCGGCGGCGUCCCCGCUCCGUGCGGGCGGCCCUGGGCCCUUGGGUGCUAGGUAGCUGGCCCUCCCCCACCUGCUGCUUCUCUGUAAACCACAUCCGCCUUUAGGAUUACUUUAACGGAAUUCCUGUGUGCUCCCUUAAAGUGUUAAUAUGUAAUUUAAAGGGAUUCAGUACUCAUUUAUUAACUUACAAUAAAACAAUUCUUGUCUAGUAUCUCCAUUUGGAGACUUUUGAACUAUCAAAGCAUGAACUGUACACAUUAGGAUGUUUUUAAGGAGUAUUUUACUCAUUGAUCUGUAAACUCUACAACUGUUGACAAAACAACCACCAAAGUAGGACUGACAUCAAGGAAUUGAGACCAAAACAACUUUCCUUGGAGACAUUCCAGGUUGCCACGGUACCCCUACUCUAAAGGGCGCUCUGACUUACACCCAAGGCCGCCCAGCGCUUCCCAGGCGCUCACACCCUGUCCCGGGGGCUCAGUCCCCGGUCCUGAGCACGGGGAGGCGGAGGCGCUGGCUCCCCCGUGCCGCUGACACAGGUUUCUUUUCCAUUUGCUCAGCACCGCAGCUGGAGUGGCAGAUUGCAUGAGUUAUUUACUGGGUGGUACAGGGAGAGACCAAGCGGGAGAGAUGAGAGGACGUGGUGGGCAAAAUCCUUCCUGAAGUUGGAAUGUGGGUUUAUUUAUUGACGCCAGGAUUACCAGAGAGUAGAAUUAUUUUAUGUUUUUCAUCAGACUUAAUAUAUUUUUAAAUUUCCUGUUCUAAUCGUAUAAAAACUGCAAAAAGUCACUCUAAUGGGCUUUGCUAAAUGUUAUUUACUUCUUCUCUCUCCACUACUUCAUUCAUUAUAAAAAAUAUGCUAAUUCAUGGGAGGAAAGUGCCAAUUGAUAGUUCUAUUAAAAAUUAAGAACAUGGUAUUUGGGAAUAAAAGUUGAAAUGCCACA